AUGGCACUGGUUAUGGAGCCUGUGAGCAAGUGGAGCUCCAGUCAAGUGGUUGACUGGAUGAAAGGCCUGGAUGACUGCCUGCAGCAGUAUAUCAAGACCUUCGAGAGAGAGAAAGUAGGGGGCGACCAGCUGCUGCGUAUCACCCACCAGGAGCUGGAGGAUUUGGGGGUGUCCAGAAUUGGCCACCAGGAACUCGUACUGGAAGCUGUGGACUUGCUCUGUGCUUUGAAUUACGGGCUGGAGACUGAGAAUCUGAAGACUCUUUCUCAUAAGCUCAAUGCAUCGGCCAAGAACCUGCAGAACUUUAUCACAGGGAGGCGCCGCAGUGGCCAUUACGAUGGCCGAGCCACCCGCAAACUACCCAAUGACUUUCUUACCUCUGUUGUGGAUCUCAUUGCUGCCGCCAAAAGCCUCCUGGCAUGGCUAGAUAGGUGUUCCUUCUUUUUCAGGUCCCCAUUUGCUGCAGUGGCAGAUUACUCUGUAACCAGAAACAAUGUGAUCCAGCUGUGUCUUGAGCUCACAACUAUUGUACAACAGGACUGCUCUGUAUACGAAACAGAAAACAAGAUACUGCACGUGUGUAACACUUUGUCUGAAGUGUGCGACCACAUUAUCUCUCUGUCCUCGGAUCCCAUGGUGUCCCAGGCUGCACAUUUGGAGGUUGUGCAGCUUGCCAACAUAAAAUCCACUGAAGGAUUGGGCAUGUACAUCAAAUCAACAUAUGAUGGCUUGCAUGUAAUUACUGGGACAACAGAGGGAUCUCUGGCUGACCGCUGUAAGAAAAUCCAUGCUGGAGAUGAAGUCAUUCAGGUCAAUCAUCAGACAGUGGUGGGCUGGCAGCUGAAGAAUCUGGUGAACUUGUUGCGUGGAGACCCUGCAGGUGUCACCCUGACGCUGAAGAAACGCCCACAGAGUACGCUCACCUCAACGCCUGCUCUGCUCAAGAACAUGAGAUGGAAACCUUUGGCGCUGCAACCAAUCUUCCCUCAGAGCCCCAGCAGCAGUGUCGCCACACCCACCAGCACUUUAAGCACUCCAUCCAGGAGGAGUAGCUGUGCCCUGCAGGACCUCUACAUCCCCCCUCCUCCAGCAGAACCCUACACCCCCAGAGAUGACAAAGGAAAUCUACAGGGGGACGAUCCUGUGUCAGACGUCCAUGUCGCUAAGGGAUCUGAGUCACCAAACUCCUACCUGGACCAGGAAUGUAGGCAGCGAUUUCCUCUGGUGGAGGAGGACGCUAUACUGUACUGUUAUGAGUAUGACCAAAACCAAGAGGUGUCAUCAGUCCGCAGGGGGAGCACUCCCACUUAUGGCAGGCUCAGGCCCAUCUCAAUGCCAGUGGAAUACAACUGGGUGGGAGACAACGAAGACCUGGCCAAGCUGAAGAGAGAGAGCAGGAGAGAAAAUUCCCUGCUGCGUUUUGCGAGUGAAGACAAAACGCCGGGGGAAGAGUUCCUUCUUGGACGCAGCCUAAGUCAGAAUAGGAGGAAGACAGAGAGGGGAGGCAGCCCCACCCAUUACACACUCGUCCCCGCCCUCCAGAUGGAAGUCUCUUUGUCCACAUCCAGCUCUGACUCUGCCUCCCUCUACCAUGUGUUUGAACGAUCAUCACUGCUGUCAAGAUCAAAGAAGAAGAGUAAAGCGGGAAGUCCCAUGUCUUCAAUCAGUAAGCGGCGGAUUUCUUGCAGGGACUUGGGUCAGGGGGACUGUGAAGGCUGGCUGUGGAAAAAGAAGGAUGCAAAAACCUAUUUUUCACAGAAGUGGAAGAAGUACUGGUUCAUCCUGAAAGGCACGUGCCUGUAUUGGUACAUGAAUGAGGAGGACGAGAAGGCAGAGGGCUUUGUCAGCCUCCCAGAGUUCAAGAUUGAUCGUGCCACUGAAUGCAGAAGGAAAUUUGCUUUCAAGGCUUGCCAUCCGAAGAUAAAGACCUUCUACUUUGCAGCGGAAAAUGUAGACGACAUGUCCCGGUGGCUAAGUCGUCUGAGUAUGGCGGUGGCAGGCUACUCUGAGCAGGAGAAAAUUCGGCAGGACCAAGAUUAUUGGAGUGAGAGUGAUCAUGAGGACAUGGAGAUGCCCCCGAUGCCCAAACAGGAUAGUCCGCCACCACCUUAUGACACCUAUCCCAGAGCCUCUUCAGUGAGUCCCUACAUGGAACCGAAACGAAGCCAUCUCUCCUCCUCUGACACGUUCCAGUCACGUUCGUCUCAUGAGGAGUUCCACUCUGAGCCUCAGGAAGGUGGCAGCAAUAACGGCAUCUCUCCCGGGCAGAAGGCAAGCAGCCACCGAAACUCGUGGCAGGACCAGAUGGAGAGCAACACGAGGAUGCACUACCUCCAGACGUAUCCAAUGGAGGAGACCCUGCUAUCUGAGGAUCGAGAACAACUGGCAAUGGAGUACCGCAGACAGUCCACCCUACCUGCACAGCGCAGCCUGCUGCAGGAACAGUACAGAGCCCUGCCUUUGCCCCUCAGGUCCAGUAUCGAUUCAGACGCGGGAGGGAAACCCCGCAGCUUCACGCUACCCAGGGAUAGCGGGCUCCACGCUAUCCUGGCUGCCACUGCUGGUGCAGCGGAUCAGAGAGAGCCUCAGCACUACCAGCUGGAGCGGCCCAGAGACACAGGCCAUAUACGGGACUUCAGGAUGCAGGCAGACUCUCUGGGGGAUUUGUACCGGGCUCUGGAGCAGACCAAUCUGUCUACCUCGGCUGAGCACAGAUCAGCCAGCCGCCUGGAGUACAAGCGCUCAUUUGUCCGCCGAGUGAAUGACCCCCUACUCAAUGACAAGCUCCACCGACUCCGGAUACUCCAUAGCUCACUUAAGAAUGUCCCUCUUCAAGACACAAACCGGUCAUUAGGUUUUUAG